GGUGUGUGCGUAGGUGUGGUGGGAUGCGAAUCACAUAGGAGGGUCCAUCCAUCUGAUCACCCACUACUGUGGCAUUAGUUUUCUGGAGAUCCCUAAUUCCUGUCGCAGUUCAGAUGACUUUAACCAGACUAUGUCCCAGUACAGCAGGAGAGACAAAACCUGGCAGACAUUCUACUAAGCACAAUGCCCGCAGUUAUCUGGAACAGCACCAUGGGUGAACUUCAUUCCAGGUCUACACGGCAGCUGCAGCACGAUCUUAACCAUAACGUGAAGACGCUUGCAGCAGCCAUCAAGAUCGCGGACUCCCAGCUGCAACAGAUGGACACCCGCAUUGCUGCUCUGGAGGCAAGGCAUUCCCAAGCAGCGCCAGGCUGCAUGACAGACACGGCGAAACAGCUCGGCGAGCGUAUCGACCAUGUCGUCGCUCUAAGCGGCGAACUAGGUGACUUCACCAGUCCGGCUACGAUCAGCAGCACGGUGGCCGCCAUCAAGAUGGACAUCACCAAACUGCAGUCGCAACCGGCAGCAGCUGCGAAGUUGGUACCAUCAUUAGACCAGCCUAGCCACGUGCACUUAGAUAGCGUAUGCGCAGCCUGUACACCGUCGGUAAGUGAUCCGGUCAGCUCGCCAUUGAAUUCCGAGGACUCGACGGCGUGGUCAAGACUUGAGGAGCUUGACCCGCUCACGAGAGAGGACUUCGCUUGGAUGCCUCUACCCUCAACCGAAACCUUGCCAAGGCCGCAUUGCAAGGCCUUGAUGGCAAAUCUACGCUCCUAUUUGCACACUGCAAUACCAGCUCCGUUGACGGACGACGGAGUAGCGGUGGUCGAUAUCCGCUCCUAUCUUGCGAAGAUUGACCGCAAGUAUGCCACCCAAAGGUACGUCGAGACGGACGCGCCUUUGCUCUAUAUCCGCAUUCAAAUUGGAAAGGCAACUUGCAGUGUCUUGAUUGAUUGCGGAGCAUCUCGCAAUUUCAUGAGCCAAGCCUUUAUGGCCCGCGCAGGCCUUGGCCUGCAUGUUCGAAGGAAGACGCAACCUACACAAGUUACACUCGCGGACGGCCGCACGCAAAAGUCCAUCGACCGAUGCGUUGACGGCGUCCCGGUAUACUUUGCGCCCCUUGCGUGCGAGCCGGUGUCUUUCGACAUCCUCGACACCAAGUUUGACAUGAUUCUAGGCAUGUCUUGGAUGCGUAGCGCCGAUCAUCCGAUGAACUUUCAUGACCGAACCGUUCACAUCCGUGAUCGGAACGGAGUGUUAGUCCCAUGUAUGGUCGCGACCCCUCACAGUUCGAUUGUUUGUCACGUGGUUUCCGUUGCGAGAAUUCGCGACGCCAUAGCUCGGAAUGACGUCGAGGAGAUGGGCCUUGUAUUCUUGCAUGCUCUUCCCUCGCCGGACGGACCAGCCACGUCACCGCCGGACCCACGCAUUUCUCACCUCUUGGACGAGUAUGGAGACGUUUUCGAGGCUCCCCCCGGAACGGUUCCGGAUCGGCCCAUACGUCACGGGAUCACUCUCGAGACUAGCGCCAUCCCUCCACGUGGAUGCAUUUACUGCAUGAGCGAAGAGGAACUCGAGGUGCUUCACGCACAACUCAACGACCUCCUUGACAAGGGCUGGAUUCGCCCUAGUUGUUCGCCUUACGGUGCCCCUGUUCUCUUCGUCCGGAAGAAGAACAAAGGUCUACGGUUAUGCAUCGAUUAUCGAAAACUUAACGCACAAACCGUAAAGAACGCCGACCCUCUCCCUCGGAUCAAUGAUCUCCUUGAGCGGUUAGGCGGCGCGACGUACUUCUCAAAGUUGGACUUGAAGUCGGGUUACCACCAGAUUGAAAUCCAGCCUCAAGAUCGGUACAAAACCGCGUUCAAGACGUGGUACGGGCAYUUUGAGCGGGUGGUCAUGCCAUUUGGCCUCACCAAUGCCCCCGCGACUUUCCAAGCAGCUAUGACAACUGAGUUUCGCGACUUGCUCGAUCGCAGCGUCCUCAUCUACCUCGAUGACAUCUUGGUUUAUAGUAGGACGUUGGACAAGCACAUCAUACACCUUCGUGCUGUUUUGGAUCAUUUGCGACUGGCCAAGUACAAAGCGAAUCUCGACAAGUGCGAGUUCGCCAAGCAGGAGCUUGAGUACUUGGGUCACUACGUCACGCCGAAAGGCAUUCGUCCCUUAGCGGACAAGAUCCAAGCCAUCAUGGAUUGGCCGGAACCCCGUUGCACGAUGGAUGUACGCUCUUUCAUGGGUUUGGCUGGAUAUUAUCAGCGAUUCGUCGGCUCAUACUCGAAAGUGGCCGCUCCCUUGUCGAGACUUCAAUCCCCAAAGGUGCCCUUUGAGUUCGACGACGCAGCCCGUGACGCGUUCAAUACGUUGAAGGCAGCAAUGCAAGCCGCACCUGCCCUCCGUAUAUACGACCCUACCCUUCCCACCCAAGUGACUACGGACGCUUCGGGAUACGGUAUUGGUGCGGUGUUGGAACAGUGUCACGAGGACGGUUGGCAGCCGGUGGAGUAUUUCUCCCAAAAGGUGCCUCUCGUCAACACUCUCGACGACGCUAGAAAGAAAGAGCUACUCGCGUUCGUCACCGUUCUCAAACGGUGGCGCCACUUUCUUCUCGGUCGUCGGCAUUUUAAAUGGAAUACGGACAACAAUCCGUUGACCUUUUAUAAAACGGAGGAUACGGUCACUAGCACGAUCGGUCGAUGGAUGUAUUACAUCGACCAGUCCGACUUUGACCCGUGCCACAUUCCCGGUCCCGCCAAUCAAGUUGCGGACGCCCUCUCACGACGGCCCGAUUUUUGUGCCAUUGUGACCACGACAUUCAACCUCGAUGACGAUCUGCAGCAGCAUUUUGUCAAAGGCUACAAGUCCGAUCCGACUUACUCUACGCUUUACGCAGAGCUUUCAUCGGAUCACCCGCCGGCUAGCCAUUAUCGGAUCUCCGACGGGUUCCUUCUCCUUCACACGAGAGGAAAGGACUUGUUAGUUGUGCCCCAAGAUCGUAUCUUACGGACUCGUCUUCUCGGCGAAUUCCACAACGCACGACUUUCGGCACACCUUGAUGACCCGCACAUUAGCACGCCUCCGCCAGCGUUUUCACUGGCUCGACGUCCUUCACGACGUCACGAGGUACAUUGAGUCAUGUGCAGUUUGCCACCGUAACAAGGGUUGAUCUUGAGUCCCCUUCGGCGAACUGAAACCGUUGCCGAUUCCUCG